CACUAACUGUCACAAUAUUCCUAAUGGCAUUAUGGUGGAGUCGUUAAAUGUCACAGUUUAUCAAUCUUUAUAAUUAUUUUCGAGGUAUUUAUUUCUUUUUCAAUCCUUACAAUUACAUCGAUAUGUUAAAGAAGGUACAAAGUCUUACUCCUUCUGAAACAUCUUCAAGUACCGAUAAGACUCCGAUGCAAUGUUCUGUUUGUAAAACAACAGCCAAGUCUAGCCUUUACGUUUGUGAGAGUGGCCACGUCAUAUGUAAAAGUUGUCAAAAAUGUGACAUUACACAAGACACUCGUAAUGAAUGUGGUGACAACAAUCCAGAUAAAAUGGAGACUCCAAAUAAUGACCUGAUGAAUAAAGUACAAGACUUAGCAAGCGGAGACUUUGACAAACUUGCAGCUCAAGAUCUAGAUAAAGAAUCAAAGAAAAGCUAUAAAGAAGAUAAAACCUUAGCAAAAACUCAGGAUCUAGACGAAGAGUCUAAGAAACACGCAGAAGCAAUUAUUGAAUAUAAAAAUCUGUAUUAUCAAGAGACCAGCUCCAGUGUCACAAGUGUGGAAGGUUUGAAGAUCACAGACGACAAUGUGUCAUGUCAAAGCGGUUCCCAUAUUGCUCCAAGACCUGUAAUGUGUCCAGUAACCGUUUGUUCAAAAAUGGUGACGAUCGACUCCUUCAUGCUACACUUCCAUUUCGAUCAUUCCAAGGUUCCAAGAAAAACUUUGGAUGACACCACGCCUCAAGAAAUUUCGCUAAAAGCAUCAAACUUCUCCAAUGAAGUACAAUGUGUGGCUACAUUUAUAAUGGAAACUCAAAAAAGAUCAAGCAAUAUGAGAAAAGCAGAGUCGACACCAACUGUUCGCAAUACUUUGAGGGACAAUAAACUAUUACUGUUAAUGGCUGUGAAAUUGCCUAUAAAUCCUAUAAAACUGCCUGGCAUGAAAUCUGAACAAACACACGUUUUCACUCGGAGUAUUCAGACACAGACGGAGAAAAUUUUCGAUUAUGAUUCUGGGAUGUUUGUAGAUCGCAGCAAAAAUAGUAGCGAUCAUAAAACAAAUACAACUAAACUAGAGUUUAUUGAGGAUGAAAUCCUUUUACUGUGGCUCUGCAAAUUGGAUGAUGCAGAGAAAGUGUUCAGUAUAACGCUAUUGGGUGAAGACAGAAGACGAGGUUACUGUUACCUUGGUGACGCUGGUCAUGUAAGAGACAACCAGGAUCCAUACUUACUCUGCGAAAGAUCCGAAUGCCUCAUGGUUAAAAGUACUACAGUUAACGACCUCUACGAUCUUAAUGGUCAUGUUACCGUUAUAGUUAGUAUGAUAGGAUAAAUAAAAUAUUAUUAA